UUCAAAAUCCCAAUCGCUAAUUUCUAAAUUCGCAAUUUCGUUCAAUGGAUAUUGACGUAUCUGGAUGGAUUCUUGAAUUCCUUCUCCGACAAAAUUCAGUCGAUGAUCGAUCGUUGAACGACCUAAUUCGCGUUCUUCCACUUCCCAACAACAAUCCGAGACUCAAGAAGAGCUUACUCCUGCGAAAAAUCGAAUCGGAUAUCGAGAAAGGCACUAUCUCCGAACGUACGUUCGAGUUUCUCGAACAAAUUGAGGAAUUGGAUGUUAAAGAAGGAGAAGCUGAGGUUUCUGAAGCCAUGAAGGCAGCUUAUUGCACGGUCGCGAUGCAUUGUACCGUAAAAUUUAUCGAAGAGAGCGCUGGUGAUAGCAAAGAGGAGUAUGCUAGUACCGUGAGGAGGAUUUGGGGUGGUCGGAUUCGUGAGAUGGAGAGGUCCGAGGUGGCGGAGAGAGUGGGAUUGGUUCAAGAUGACUUAUUGCUUUGGAUGAAUGACAUUGAGGCUGGAGUUUUGGAUGCAGAUGCGUGUGAAAAUGUUUUGACAAUGGUUAAAGGGUUGGAUGUAUUGGAGGUCCUUCGUGGUUAUGUAAAUGAGGCAAAGGAAAAGAUGGGUCCUUCGUUUCUUGAAUUGGCGUGCGAGACGAUUUUGAAUGAUGAUGCAUUAAGCAAAACGAUGGGUUUGGAUGAAGGUGCAGAACUCAAUAAUCAGAUCAAAGAUGAUGCACCCACUGUUGCUCCGGCUAUUACACAGAACGUGGAUGCAAAUGCUGAUAAUAAUGUCAAGGGUAAUGAAGCAUUGAGGGAGCCUGUACUACCCAGACACAAGCAUGUUGCCACAAGAUGCUCCAGAGGAUCAGGACGUGAGACUCAUAGAGGAGCUAAGAUUGUUGAUCCCAUGGAGACAUUCCGCAACAGAUAUGAUAGCAUUCCUACCCCUCAAGUGAAGAAAGUACAGAAAGACCUUAAGACCAGUUCUUUUGAACUACGUGCGGUGGUGCAGGACCCUCUUCUGGAUGCAUUACGCUAUGCUGAAUCUUUUAAAGCCAGCACAAGUGGAGAAAAUAUGGCUCAGGAUCAUGUUGUAGGUAAUUCUAAUAGGAUUAAUGUUGAAGCUCCUAGUUCCUCAAAUGAUAGGAACUGUAAAGCUUCAGAGGCCAAUGGAGAUGAUGGUUUCUGCAGAGAUCAAAACAAAAGGCCUAAACCUAGCUUAAUGGAACGCAAUAGCACUGCCCAUACUCUUGAGUGGAGCGACUCCAUUGAUAGCAGCUCUAAGGAUGGGUCACCAGCAAGACCUCACUUGCCCAGCCCCAAAAAGAGAGCGGUCUCACCUUUAAGGAUUUAUAAAAUGGAAAAACUCGCAAGGAAGAGAAAGAAAAAGAGAUGGACCACCAUAGAAGAGGAUACUCUGCGGACUGGCAUACUAAAGUAUGGUAAAGGAAAUUGGAAGCUGAUCUUGAGUACGUAUCGUGACAUCUUCGAAGAUAGAACCGAGGUUGAUUUGAAGGACAAGUGGCGAAAUCUGAUGCGCUGAUGUUGAUCGUUUUUGUGUUAAACGUUGCAAGAUUUGCUUGAAAACAAGUGAAGGCAAAUGAAAUGGCUUCUUCCGUUAAUAUUGCAGCAGUUUCUGGCUGUCAGUUCAUCCAUCGGUAUCCUUUCUAGGUGUGCUUUGAUUGCGGGUUUAAAAACAUUGCUUUUGGAUGUUACCCUAUGCAUGUAGUGAACGGUGUAGCAUUUUAGUAGAAAUAUCAUCUACUUAUAUAUC